UCUGCACCAGGCCUUCAGUGAGAGGAGAGAGCAAAAGGCCCAAGACAAAGAGCUGAGGGAAAAAAAAAACGGAGGAAACUCAGAAACUCUACUCAAAGAAUCUUCGAUAGACUAUCUGUGCCGUUAGGACCACCGGCAGAAACCGCCAAGCAACAGAAGAAGCACCUUUUUCCUGACCUUAGAAAAUGAGUAGAGCAAUGAUCAGAACAGCAGUCGUAUGUACUGCACUUCUUCUUUUCUUGCUGGGCCACGUGCGGGCGGACAAGCGUCCGGCUCCAAAAGCACCGAAAGCACAGUGCUGUGAUGAGGUACGAUCCUUAAAGGUGCAAAUGGCCAACCUGACCAGUCUGCUGGAGGACCUCGCAAAAAAGCAAGAGACGGACCUGAUGAAAAUGGUGCGGCAGGUGAUGGAUCUGGAGAAACAGAACCAGCAGCAGGAGGCCCGGGUGACAGAGGCAGAGAGCAAAUACUCUGAAAUCCACAACCGCGUAGAGAUCAUGCAGCUUCAAGCCGCACAAGCUGCCCCGCAAUCCACCUCAGAUGCAAUCUACGACUGUGCAUCCCUGUACAACAGGAACUACAGAAUUUCUGGAGUUUACAAGCUACCAAAAGAUGAUUUCCUGGGAACACCUGAACUGGAAGUAUACUGUGACAUGGAGAAGAAUGGAGGUGGCUGGACAGUCAUCCAGAGACGCAGGGUGGGUCUGAUCAGCUUUGACCGAGACUGGAAGCAGUACAAGAACGGCUUCGGUUCAAUCAGUGGGGACUUCUGGCUUGGCAACGAGCACAUCUUCCGUCUGACCCGCCAGCCAACGGUGCUCAGGAUAGAGCUGGAGGACUGGGUAGGCAAAGUACGCUAUGCCCAGUAUGGCUUCUUCACACUGAGCAAUGAGCUCAACAGCUACAAGCUCUUCAUAGACAACUACAGCGGCGAUGCUGGUGACUCACUGCGCUACCACAAUAACACCAACUUCAGCACCAAGAACAAGGACAAUGACAAGUGUGUGGAUGACUGUGCUUCACUUCGCAAAGGUGGUUACUGGUACAACUGCUGCACUGACUCAAACCUGAACGGAGUGUUCUACCGCUACGGGUCACACACCAAAAACAGUGAUGGCAUCACCUGGUACGGCUGGCAUGGACAAAACUACUCCCUCAAACGAGUGGAGAUGAAGAUCCGGCCCCAGAACUUCACCCCUUAAGGACUUGACAUGCAAACAAAACAACAACCUUGCUUGCCAUAACCACUUACAACCCCUUUGCAGCACUCACUAAUUCAUCUGCCUUUACUUAGGAACACAUUUCUAUGCAUUUGUACUACAGAGAAUUUCUUGAUGGGAUGAGUGAUGUGAAUGUAUGAUUGUAAAUUGUAGUUGUCUUUAUAUUUAUCUCAAAUAUUUUAUUUUCUUUAUGCUUUUGUGCCACUGAUCGAUGAGGUAAACAAGUGUCUUGUCAUUUAUUUGUCAUCUGUUAUGAAUCAACAGGACGUAUUUAUCAGAAUAAGUCAUUCCACAUGUCUUUACUGGAGUUGGUCUUUGUUAGAAGGGGAAGAAUCAACCUUUGAACCAACUGAAAUUUGCAGAUGGACAACACUGAAUUGUGUAAAAUGUAAAAUGUGUACAGUUCUACAUACCACUGAAUAGUUAAUUAAAUUGUCUUUUUAAAAAGGUCUUGUUUUGUCACAUUGCUACACUAAAAAUGAACUACAAACUAGA